AUGUCACCCACCGGAUCUGUACAGGCUAUUCCACAAGGCGGCUUUGGUGGAUUUGGAUCAUCAUCAGCAGUAUCAUCGUCGACAGUGGCAACAGCAACAACGGGUUCAUCAUCCGCGGCCUCGGUAUCCCAAGCAGCAGAGUCGACCAGCACAGUGGCAUGCAACAAUUCCCCAGAACUGUGCAAUCGAAACUACAACAACAUCACACAUAUGGGAGCCCACGAUGCUGCCUUCUUAAGGGAUAGCAGCACAUCCUUCUCGACUUCUGGCAACCAAUAUUACAACGCCACCAAAGCUCUUUCAGCAGGUCUACGAUUACUACAAGCGCAAGUACACAACUCGAAUGGCACUCUCGAACUCUGCCAUACUACGUGUACGUUGUUAGAUGCUGGAUCAUUGGAGUCGUGGUUGGCAGACAUCAAGACAUGGAUGGACGAUAAUGCCAACGAGGUUGUGACCCUUCUAUUGGUUAACUCGGACGACGAGGAUGCAUCUACCUUCGGUACCGCCUUCGAAGCUUCAGGUAUUUCAACAUAUGGCUAUACUCCCACUUCUACGACUGGACCUAUUUCGACUUGGCCAACGUUGCAGACGUUGAUUACCGCCAAUACUCGGCUUGUUACCUUCAUUGCAAGCAUUACAUACGACAGCACAUAUCCUUACCUCCUUUCCGAAUUCGACUACGUUUUCGAGACGGCAUAUGGCGUCUCAUCUCUUUCAGGCUAUAACUGCACUCUCAAUCGCCCUACUACCCUCUCUUCCGCAUCAUCCGCCAUCUCCUCCGGCUACAUGGGCCUGACCAACCACUUCACAGACACAGCUGAGGCAUUUGGUAUCACCAUCCCAGAUGUCACUGAUAUCGAGACCACAAACUCAUACGCCACAAACACAACAGGAACACUGGGAACGCAAGGAGCUCAGUGUGAAAGUGAAUGGGGUACCAAGCCUACAUUCAUGCUGGUUGAUUUCUGGAAUGUUGGACCUAGCAUCCAGACAGCGGAUAAUCUCAACGGGAUUACAGCAACUGGACGGACCAAUGUUUCGACAGCAGAAUUGACGUCAUCUAGCUCAAGUGCUGGUGUCAGAAGAGAUGCAAAGGGUUGGUGCGGCAUUGCUGCGUUGGCUUUGGGUGUAGUUGCCGUUGGUAACUUUGUUUGGUUAUAA